AAACAAUAUUUAUACUAAAUUGACGGCAAAAUUAUCACCAUGGACCUCACAUUCUCUCCUAUUCAGUCGUUUGCUGAUGCAAGCUUCUUUCAAAAGUUAUCCAAAUUGAAACUGGAUAGCUUUAAACUCGAUGAAACUGCAAAGAAGAUAACGGGAGUUGUCAAUAUUGCAAGCACCCCACAAGGUGAGAAUCCUGCUGUUACUGUGGAAGACUCGAGCUUCGGGGAUGAGAGCUGUGGCUCUUUAUAUUCACAAGGCGCUGUGCUUGUGAUUCCAGGCCAUAUAACGAACUUCAACACCAUUGAGGAUUUCAAAAGACUAGACAAGGCACAAUUCCUCAAGAAGGCCGGAUCACGCCUGCAAGAGCUCAUGGAGAAUGGUGAUGCCAUUGAGGAUCCAUCUCUGCUAAGCAGCUUCGAAAUCAUUUGCUUCGCAGAUUUGAAGAAGUUCAAGUUCUUUUAUUGGUUUGCAUUUCCUUCCAUAUCUUCUCACUGGAUAGUUAAGUCCACCAGUGUUAUUCAAGAGGUUUCAGAAUCCGUCAGAGACUGGGUAAAGAGCUCGGACUAUGCCCAAAGAGGGCACUUCAUCAUCAAGGAUGGAACCGCCCAAGCGUUGGAACAGCUGAUUUCUCUCCCGGAAAGCACAACAAGCAUCCACGUGGGCUUCGUUGACUCGUGUUUGAUCCCUAACAAACCAUCAAAGCACUUACAGAACUUUUUAAGCUUGUUGUCCCUUCGAGGAUUCAAGAGAGUGACGGUUGAUAUUUACAGAAUCUCUGGAAGCUCAUUUACGCUGGAAUUGGAACACGAGGAUAAUGGAGGUUCGUCAAAGAUAACUGGCUGGGAACGUACCAAUCAAGGUAAAUUGGGCCCGAAACUGGCUGAUCUUUCUGCACUCAUUGACCCUGUGAAGCUUGCAGAACAAUCUGUUGAUCUCAACUUGAAGCUGAUGAAAUGGAGAGUGGCUCCAGAGAUUGACUUGGAAGUUGUCAAGAACGUCAAGGUCUUACUGUUAGGGUCCGGCACCCUGGGAAGCUAUGUUGCCAGAUCACUAUUGGGAUGGGGAGUAAGAACGAUCACGUUUGUCGAUAACGGGAAAGUGUCCUUUUCCAACCCAGUCCGUCAACCUCUAUUCAACUUCGAAGACGUUGGAAAAUCAAAAGCGGACACUGCUGCUACUGCCCUCCAAAGAAUAUUUCCUAAUGUGAACUCCAAGGGCAUCGAUCUAGAGAUACCAAUGGCUGGCCAUCCUGUAACUAACGAGCAGAAGCAAAAAGCCGAUAUGGAGACUUUGGAUAAACUCAUCGAAGAUCACGAUGCCAUCUUUCUGUUAACGGAUUCUCGUGAAACCAGAUGGCUGCCUACAGUGAUUGCAAAUGUGAAGGAGAAAACUGUCAUCAACUGUGCCCUUGGCUUCGACUCCUACUUGGUGAUGAGACACGGUGUCUGUGGGGGUCUAGGAUGCUACUUUUGUAACGAUGUUGUCGCCCCCACGGACAGUCUCACUGAUAGAACACUGGACCAGAUGUGUACUGUCACACGUCCUGGUGUUGCGCCAAUGGCUGCAGCCCUUGGAGCUGAGCUCUUGGUGUCCAUCUUACAACACCCUGAUAAGCACCGUGCCGGUUCCGAUGCCACUACGAUCCUCGGUGAGUUGCCGCAUCAGCUACGCGGGUUCCUCAGCAGCUUCCAGACGAUGAAGUUACAUGCACCAGCCUACGAAUUCUGCUCUGCUUGCUCCAAGCCGGUGCUGGACGCAUACAGAGAUCUCGGCUGGGACUUUGUCUCUAGUGCUCUCAACGACUCAAACUACAUCGAAGAACUAAGCGGACUAGCAGAGGUCCAAAAACAGGCAGAGAAGGCUGUCUUAGAAAUGGCCACUGACUUGAGUGAUGAUGAAUGGUUCAUAUAGUACGUAUCAAUAACAACAAUGGCAGCAUUAACAUCGACUGUGCUGUGC